CGCACCACCCGCUGGGCCAGCGCCAUGGAAGCUGCGGGCCCUCGGAGGUCUUGUAACCAGGCGAUCGUGCAGCGUGCAGAGGAGGAAGCGGUGGACGAGCCGCAGUGGUCAGAUGAUAGUGAUGUGUCUGAAUCCGAGCUGGCGAAUGUGGUCAUGGAGAUGCAAGAAGUUACGAAGAGCAUGCCCUGCCCUGAACGGCCUGGAGCGGUGCCGAAAAUUGGGGCGGUGCCGGCACGAGCCAUGCCUCGACAACGCGGGACGCAGCUAGAGGAGCUGCAUGUGGUGCUGGUGAUUGAUGCCAGUCUUAGCAUGGGAAUUGAAGAUGCAGAACUUCUGAUGGCUCGCAAAGGUUCUGAUGUGCAGCUGCCGACCGCAGUGCGCAGGAUUGAUGCAGUCUUCCACUCCUGCGAAUGUUUCUUCGAAGCUUGCCAAGCUGCUAGUGGCGCAGACGACCGCUUCAGCUUGGUUGUCUUCAAUAGUCAAUCUCAAAUCAUUUUUGAGAGACUGUUGAAGAAGGCUGCAGCAUCAGCGAUCAAGAAGAUCGGCAAAAAGGUGAACCCUAAGAGUGAGACCGAAUUUCAAACAGCUUUUCAAGCUGUGUGCAGACUUCUUGGCAGCAGUGCAAUGUCCGAGGAUGUAAGGGUGGUUUUCCUCUCAGAUGGGAAGCCUUUUGAGAAGCACAGUGUCCCAACACUCUUCGAGAAGCAGCUUUUGCAGAAACAACAUGCUCGAAGUUUUGAACUUCAUGCCGUCGCCUUUGGCUCUCAAUCUGAUCACUGGCAUCAUUUGCAGUGGUUGGCCGGAGUCACAGGAGGGACUUUUCAAACGUCAUCUUUGGACCAGCUGCAGCUGAGGGAGGCCUUUACUUCCAUUGCUGCUACCAUCACCGCAACAGACACAUCCAGCGAGAAAUCUACCACCAGUGGCGUUCCAUUGAGAGCAGCUGCCUUGGAAAUGCCCUUUGAUCCAUUGUAUCAUGAUGUCAAAUGCAAGCGAACAUGUAAGUUGAUCCAGCAUUUACACAAGAGGAAAUCUCGGUGGAAGUACGUGGAUGAAGAGGUUGUGCUCGAUCAGGAAGUGGCAGUGACAAUCCAGGCGAAACCCUUCAGCUACGGAGGAAUGCGCCUGGUUUUCGAUAUGUGGGAUGCAUCAGAGAAAAACAGGCGUCAUCCAAUGGUGGCUAAGCGCUUGAUUCUGAAGCCACAUGCAGACAAGGAAGAGAUGCUUCAUUUCUGUCGCUGCACAAGUAUCGCAAUUGGGCUCCGGGAAAGCUUCCUGAAAGCUUUGGCUAGGGUUGGUGCGCCGAUCAAGAUUUGGUUUGUUCCCUGCUAUUUGUAUGAGUAUACGUUCGGAGCUGGAACCUUCUAUUUUGUGGGCGAGCAAAAGCUAGAAGGACAUUUCGUGAAGUUCAACGGGAACAACGGAUACGUGAACGAAGACACCAAAUUGGAGGUCGAGAGUGAAAUUCUACAAGCCUUAAGCCACUACAGCUAUGUCAAAAGCAAGGGUGCCAUUUUGGCGGUCGACCUCCAGGGUAUCAUCGACAAUGGCAAUCUUCUCCUGACAGAUCCGCAGCUUCAUUCCAGAAGCAAGAAGUAUGGCAGAGGAGAUCUUGGCUUGGAAGGCUUCAAGCUCUUCUUUGAGAGCCAUAGAUGUGGGCCAACCUGUGAGAAGCUAAAGCUCAGCGGACAACAGUCUGAUCUCUUGCGGGAGCUCCAGCUUGAAAGGGAUCGACGAUGCCAGGUUUGCAUGAGCGCAGCUGCCAAAACUGUCUUGGUGCCAUGUGGGCAUUCGGCCAUUUGCCGAAGCUGCGCUGUGAAACUCAUGGAAUCCAACAGUGGGUUAUGCCCCCUGUGCCGGAAGACCUUCACAGGUUGGCGUGAAGGUGUUUACAGUAGCACCUUUGUGGCGCCGGAACGGGUGAGGCGUUAAUUGCCCGAGAUUUGGGUGUGUCACGACGUGCCUCGAAGCAAACAUGCCCAGUUUUGAGAGAAACAUUUGGAUUCCAGAGAUGGUCAAUCGACCGUGACUGUCUUUUGAACAGCUGCCUUCUUUGGGAUCGACGCUGGAGAAGCUUGUGGGGUCGCAAGACUCCUCCAGCUGCAUUCCUGCAAGCUGACAUGCCUUUGGAAGUGCCUUUGGAGCA